AUGUUUAGACAAUCAUUCCGUCAAGUUGCAAAGCAAUCUUUAACUGCUGUUAGAAGAUCAUACGCCACUGAGGCUGCUGCAUCAGAUGCCUUGAAAUUGUCGUUGGCAUUACCAUACCAAACCCUUUACUCCGACCAAGAUGUUCAACAAGUCAACUUGCCAUCCGUCAACGGUGACUUGGGUAUUUUGGCCAACCACAUUCCAGUUGUUGAACAAUUGAGACCAGGUUUGCUUGAGGUUAUUUUGAAGAAUGGUGAAUCUGAACAAUAUUUCGUAAGUGGAGGCUUGGCAAUGGUUCAACCAGGUAACAAAUUGACCAUCAGCGCAAUCGAAGCAUUCAAGCCAGAAGACUUUGAUGUUAAUGCUGUCAAGAACAUGAUCUCGGACGCACAAAAGAGAGCCGAAUCAGGAGAUGAAAAAGUUGCUGCUGAAGCCAGCAUCGAAUUGGAAGUCUUGGAAGCUUUACAACACGUUGCUAAAUAA